AUGGCAGCGCCGGGACCCCGUGUCUUUCGGGCUGCGCUUUGCGGCGGCUACUGCUGCCUCCUCCUGUGUGCUCAACUCGCUGUGGCUGGUAAAGGAGCUCAAGGCUUUGGGCGGGGAGCCUUGAUCCGCCUGAAUACCUGGCCUGCUGUCCAAGGGGGCUGCAAACAACUGGAGCUCUGUGAGCGUUGUGUGGAGGGGGACAGAGCACACAAUUUCUCAGGCUGCGUGUGGCAGCAAUGUCGACUACAGGAACCAGGACACUGUGUGGCCCAAGCUGAGGUGGUCAAGGAGGGUUGCUCUGUCUACAACCGCUCAGAGUCCUGUCCAGCUGCCCACCACCAUCCCACCUAUAAACCGAAGACAAUCACAACAGGCAACCCUGUGAUCCCUGAAGCCCACAGCUCUGGCUUUGAUGGUGCCAGCUUCAUCGGGGGUGUUGUGCUGGUGCUGAGCUUGCAGGCCGUGGCCUUCUUCGUGUUGCGCUUCCUCAAGGCCAAGGAUAGCACUUACCAGACACUGUGA